UUAAAUAGAGACGAAUCAGCAACAGCAACAGACAAGAAAAAGAGAAGAUGAGUUUUCUGGGAGGGAGACUCGCGGGAAAAGAAGCAGCCUACUUUUUCCAGGAAUCCAAACACGCCGUCAACCGCAUCGCCGAGAAAUCUCCACCCACACCCACCGGCAAAAAGCUUCCACCUCCUUCUCCGGGGGAUAUUCAACCGGACGUUCUUCCGGAGAUUCUGCGCCAUUCUCUUCCUCCUAGACUCUACGGUCCUCCUCCCGACCCUUCUUCCCUCUCCCAAUUCUCAAAAUGGAAUCUUCCGUCCGACCCAAACGCAGUCGUUUCUAUUUCCCCUGACGUCUUGAAUCCUCUCAGAGGCUACGUUUCUCUUCCUCAGGUCACCUUUGGCCGCAGAAGAUGGGAUAUACCGGAAUCUGAGAGUUCGGUUUUGGCGUCAACAGCUAAUGAAUUGAGGAGAGACAGAUACGGAACUCCUGUUAAUCCCGACAAGUUGAGAGCUGCUGGUGAAGGGCUUCAACAUAUUGGAAAAGCAUUUGCAGCCGCCACUGUUAUCGUCUUUGGCUCAGCCACAUUGGUUUUUGGAACGGCAGCCUCAAAGCUUGACAUGCGUAAUGCUGAUGACAUAAGAACCAAAGGCAAAGAUCUGUUUCAGCCUAACAUGGAGUCAAUGAAGGAAAAAGUAGAGCCCUUAAGAACUUGGGCCGAAACCAUGUCGAGGAAGUGGCAUAUUGAGAGCAACGAUAGUACGAUCAAGGAGAAACCAAUCUUCAAGGAGCUUUCAAGGAUUCUGGGACCCAAAACUUGAAAAGGAUGGGACUUCGUAUAUUAUAUUGAUAGAGAAUUCCUAUGUAAGAUGAAAUAAAAUCUUGUAAAAUAUCAGAUUGUGAUGUAAGAUUGUAACAAGUUUCAAUGUUUGAUUAAAAGUUGAUGUAGUUCUGUAUACCAUGAUAAAGUUUUAAUUAGUUUGCA